CAGGAGUGAGACCGAGGUACCACAGAUGCAUCCCUACAGGAUCAUGUAAGAAUUUGCAAAUGAGAAACGAACCCCAUGCAGACCUUCUCUGCCCGCUUUGCAGUACAUGGUUUGGUGUAAGCACAGCAAUUCUCACCUCUUUCUCUCCCUUUUAAGUCUCUUGAGCUUGGAGACCUCUUUCCUCAUUGCAAUUAUGAUUAUUUGCAACAUCAGUGCCAUCAAAGAUUGGAGCACUUUCCUUUCCCAAAUCCUCCCCAGCGUUAACAAGACUCUGAACUUGGUACAGCAAGUGGAAGCCACCACCAGCUCGGUGGUAAGUGUCCUCCAGGACCCCGAGCAGGACAGCUACCUGUCCAAUAGCCAGUCCAUGAACUCCAGCAACUUCACAGCUGGCCUGGACCACUUGUUCCAGUACUCAUACUCGGACAAUGACCAGCUCUACAAGGAGUACAAACCCCCUCCUCGAGAUGCCAUUCCUCUGCCCAAGGCUGUCCUCUACCUUCUCAUGGCAGCCCUGGUGGUGGUGGCAGUGGCGUACGCCAUCGUCGGCCAUCUCAUCAAGGACCUCAUUUACGACUUUGUAGACUGGAUCUUUGGCCCCAGCCCGGAUGACAACAGCAACAAGAGCGACAUCAACUGCAUCAGCAACAGCGUCAACGAGAUGAGUGAGCUGCCCGAGGCUCCGCGGCACCGGGAGCGCCAGCCCCAGGACGUGGUCAUUGCCAUCAGCGAGACUUGCCACUUGCCACAGCAGACGUGACCGGCACCACGGCCGGGCCGGGCGGGACGGAGCAGCGGGAUGGAGCAGCAGGAUGGAGGGGAGGGAUGGAGCAGAGGGAUGGAGCCCAAGGAUGGAGCAGUGAAACAGUGCAGCAGCCGCCUUGCAGGACCGGGCAGGGAGAGGAAGGGAUGGGCAGAGCCGGCACCGUGGAGCAAAGCCCUUCUCCCCCUGGUUUUACCAGCCUCUGUGGACCUUGCCGGGGUGGGUGCCAUCACCCCUUCUCCCAGGCUUGUCAGCCCUGUCCUGACAUCUGCCCUUGGGUUUGUGACCCCCUCUUUGUUCUCUGUGAAUAGCAAAAAAGAAAAAGCAAAUGCAAAAUACACCCACCAA